GACGACAUCUUGAUCUACAGCAAGACCCGGGAGCAGCAUUUAAAGGAUUUGGAAGCGGUUUUUCAGCGACUGCAGCAGAAUCGUCUCAUCACCAAGGGCUCCAAGUGCGAGUUUUUAAAACAAGAACUGGAGUUCCUGGGGCAUGUGAUCUCCACGGAGGGGAUUCGAAUAGACCCAAAAAAACUCCGGGCUAUUCAGGAGUGGCAACCGCCAACAAAUCUGCAGCAGCUGCAAUCCUUUUUGGGUUUCGUGAAUUACGUGCGGAGGUUUAUACCCAACAUGGCGGGGUUAACUGGACCUCUAACCGACCUACUGCAGAAGGGAACUUUUUACGAGUGGGGGGAGAAGCAGCAAGCUGCGUUUGAGGCAUUAAAAACUCUUUUAAUCUCGCCACCAGUACUUCGCAUCGCUGACCCAGAACGGCCCUUCGAAGUCAUCACCGACGCAAGUGACAUCGCCAUCGGAGCAGUGCUCAUGCAGGAUUUCGGCAACGGGCUUCAACCAAUCGCGUACGAGUCUCGGAAAAUGCAAUCUGCUGAGCGCAACUACCCAGUACACGACAAGGAGAUGCUGGCGAUCGUCCACGCGUUCAAAAUUCGGAGGUGCUACCUGACUGGGGCAGACGUGACGGUGCGAACCGAUCACAAAUCACUACAGUACCUGAGGGCGCAGCCGAAUCUCAACCCGCGGCAGAUACGCUGGCUGGACUAUCUGGAGUCGAACUUCACGUACAAGAUCACGUAUAAAAAGGGCGCCAAUAAUAUUGCCGACGCCCUUUCCAGACCAUCUGCCCAACUCGCAGCAGUACUAGUCGCCCAGAGCAACCCGCUACUGAGUGGACUAUUUACCCACGGGUAUUCGACUGACCCCUUCUUCCGGUACUGCUAUCGCGUACGCUCGAACACACCUGAAGCCUCGGGAGUGUUCCAGACCUUCUGACAGAACCGCCUCGGUUUUUCCAGACUUUCCGGUUCGACCUUCGGGAGUUCUCCAGGCCUCGCUUCGUCACUUCGAGACCCUUCGAUCUCCUUCCCGAACCUUCCCAUCGCAUGGUUAGACUAGCUCUGGUGUUCCUAUAUC